CUUCUCCUAUUCCACUCUUCCCCACCACUCCGUAACUUCCAUUGCCUUGCCUUGCCAUGGCCUCAAACUCCAUGGCUGGCUUCAUCACCGGCUCUCAUGCUCAUUCUUCACGUGAUUCCAAUGAGCAUCAGGUCCCUACCCGUCAACCUUCAUCAAAAACAUGUCGUGUCUGUGGUGAUGAGAUUGGAUAUAAGGAAAAUGGAGAACUGUUUGUGGCUUGUCAUGUGUGUGGAUUUCCUGUGUGUCGACCAUGUUAUGAGUAUGAGAGGAGUGAAGGAAACCAGAGCUGUCCUCAAUGCAACACUCGCUAUAAGCGCCAUAAAGGUUGUCCUAGAGUGGCUGGAGAUGAAGAAGAUAACUUCGAUGCCGAUGAUUUGGAUGAUGAGUUUCCAAUUAAGAAUCACCGAGAAGAUCUAGAUCGGGAACACGAUGUUAACCAUGUGGGAAAUGGGGACUAUAAUCAAGAGAAAUUGCAUCCGAAUGGUCAGGUUUUCUCUUCAGCUGGGAGUGUUACUGGCAAGGAUUUUGAUGGGGACAAAGAUUUCUAUAGCAAUGCAGAAUGGCAAGAAAGAGUAGAGAAAUGGAAAGUCAGGCAAGAAAAAAGAGGUCUUCUAAACAAAGAAGACGGAAAAGAAGACCAAGGUGAAGAUGAUGAUUACAUUUUGGCUGAAGCUAGACAACCAUUGUGGCGCAAGGUUCCAAUAUCUUCAAGCUUAAUCAAUCCCUAUCGCAUAGUGAUUGUGAUGAGGCUGGUCAUCCUUGCUUUUUUCUUUAGAUUCCGAAUCUUAACCCCAGCAAAUGAUGCAUAUGCCUUGUGGCUAAUCUCUGUUAUAUGUGAGAUAUGGUUUGCAUUGUCAUGGAUUCUUGAUCAGUUCCCCAAGUGGCUCCCCAUCACUCGAGAGACUUACUUGGAUCGCUUAGCCUUAAGGUUUGAGCGUGAAGGGGAACCUAACCAACUAGCUCCAGUUGAUUUCUUUGUGAGUACUGUGGACCCUCUGAAGGAACCUCCCAUUAUAACAGCCAACACUGUCCUUUCAAUCCUCGCUGUUGACUACCCUGUUGACAAGGUCAGCUGCUAUGUCUCAGAUGAUGGUGCAUCCAUGCUUCUGUUUGAUUCCUUGGCAGAAACUGCUGAGUUUGCAAGAAGAUGGGUUCCCUUUUGCAAGAAGUAUAACAUAGAGCCAAGGGCUCCCGAGUUUUACUUUUCUCAGAAAAUUGAUUACUUAAAAGAUAAGGUGCAACCUACGUUUGUGAAGGAAAGAAGAUCCAUGAAGAGGGAAUAUGAAGAGUUUAAGGUGAAAAUUAAUUCUUUGGUGGCAAAGGCUCAAAAGAAACCUGAGGAAGGGUGGGUGAUGCAGGAUGGAACUCCAUGGCCAGGGAACAACACUCGUGAUCAUCCAGGAAUGAUUCAGGUAUAUUUAGGAAGUGCUGGUGCACUAGAUGUUGAAGGCAAGGAAUUGCCACGACUUGUGUAUAUUUCACGUGAAAAACGACCUGGAUAUCCACACCACAAGAAGGCUGGUGCCAUGAAUGCUUUGGUUCGAGUUUCUGCCGUGCUUACGAAUGCGCCAUUCAUGUUGAAUUUGGAUUGUGAUCACUACGUCAAUAAUAGCAAGGCAGUAAGAGAGGCUAUGUGCUUUUUAAUGGACCCCAACCUUGGGAAGAAGUUGUGCUAUGUUCAAUUUCCACAAAGAUUUGAUGGUAUUGAUCGCCAUGAUAGAUAUGCUAACCGCAACACUGUGUUCUUUGAUAUCAACAUGAAAGGGCUUGACGGGAUUCAAGGUCCAGUAUAUGUUGGUACUGGAACUGUGUUCAACAGGCAGGCAUUGUAUGGUUACGAUCCACCCGUGUCGGAGAAAAGACCAAAGAUGCAUUGUGACUGUUGGCCAUCAUGGUGUUGCUUUUGUUGUGGUGGUUCAAGAAAGUCCAAGUCAAAAAAGAAAUCAGGAAAAGGUCUCUUCAGUGUGUUCUCCAAGAACAAAAACAAAAAGAAAAUGAUGGGGAAAGACUAUGUUAGAAAAGGGUCAGGGUCCAUGUUUGAUCUUGAAGAGAUUGAAGAAGGGCUUGAAGGGUAUGAGGACUUGGAGAAAUCAUCCCUCAUGUCCCAGAAAAGUUUUGAGAAACGAUUCGGGCAAUCACCAGUCUUCAUUGCUUCCACCUUGAUGGAAAAUGGAGGACUUCCAGAAGGCACAAAUAGCCAAUCAUUGGUCAAGGAGGCCAUUCAUGUUAUAAGCUGUGGCUAUGAAGAGAAGACUGAAUGGGGAAAAGAGAUUGGGUGGAUUUAUGGGUCAGUCACAGAAGAUAUUUUGACUGGAUUCAAGAUGCAUUGUAGAGGAUGGAAAUCAGUAUAUUGCAUGCCAAAGAGACCAGCUUUCAAGGGAUCUGCCCCAAUAAAUCUAUCAGAUAGGUUGCACCAAGUUCUGAGGUGGGCUCUUGGUUCUGUUGAGAUUUUCCUUAGUCGCCACUGCCCCUUGUGGUAUGGUUAUGGAGGAAAACUCAAGUACCUAGAGAGACUAGCUUACACUAAUACCAUUGUUUAUCCAUUCACCUCCAUUCCUCUGCUUGCCUACUGCACAAUUCCUGCUGUGUGUCUCUUGACUGGAAAGUUCAUCAUUCCCACACUGACAAACCUUGCUAGCGUUUGGUUUAUGGCUCUUUUUAUCUCCAUCAUUUUAACAAGUGUGCUUGAGCUCCGAUGGAGUGGCGUUACAAUUGAAGCCCUGUGGAGAAAUGAGCAAUUUUGGGUCAUUGGAGGCGUUUCUGCUCACCUUUUUGCUGUGUUUCAAGGUCUGCUCAAAGUUCUUGCUGGAGUAGACACGAAUUUCACAGUGACAGCAAAAGCGGCAGAAGACAGUGAGUUUGGAGAGCUCUAUCUCUUUAAGUGGACCACACUUCUGAUCCCUCCAACCACUCUGAUAAUCUUGAACAUUGUUGGUGUUGUGGCUGGAGUGUCUGAUGCCAUAAACAAUGGGUAUGGUUCAUGGGGACCUCUGUUUGGGAAGCUGUUCUUUGCCUUUUGGGUCAUUGUUCACUUAUACCCUUUCCUCAAAGGUCUAAUGGGAAAGCAAAACAGGACUCCUACCAUUGUGGUGUUGUGGUCAAUCCUUCUAGCAUCUAUUUUCUCAUUGAUUUGGGUCAGGAUUGAUCCCUUCUUGCCCAAGCAAACAGGUCCAGUGCUUAAACAAUGUGGGGUGGAAUGCUGAGACUGUCAAUGCUCCAAACUCAUUUGACGAGUAAUGGCACUUGUGUGCAUCAUUUUAUUUUUCUUAUUGCUAUUGAGUGGUUUGCUUUGAUGAGAACAAUUAUCUCUGUACAUAUAUAGUCUUCUUGAAGGAGAAAUUUGAGUCUGAUUGGAAUGUAUUCAUUUCAUGAUACAACAGAACCCUAUAUCAUACCAAUGUCAUUGUUUGGAAAAACAUAUAUUGAGUUUUGAUGAUAGCAGUUGAUUUUUCA